GUUGACAAAAGAGGACCCUGAGUUUCCAUAUCCCACCAAUGUUCAUGGAGAGACUCCACUUUAAAUUGCUGCUUCCAGUUGAGGUCGAGAACGAGAAAAGGUGAUCGAUGAAAUCCUAACUAAUUGCAUCUCAGUGGACUAUGGCGGCCCUAAUGGUAGAACUGCUCUACAUGCGGCAAGCAAGAUGGAAGAUCAUGAGACAGCAAGAAAAUUGUUAGAAAAAGAAAAAAAGCUGACGAAAACAACCGAUGAGAACGGUUGGUCACCACUUCACUACGCUGCCUAUUUCUCUACUAGGUUAAAUAUUUCAGUUGUGAAAGUAUUACUAGAACAUGAUGCGUCCGCGGCCUACAUUGCUGAAACGGAGAAGAAGAGAACAGCACUUCACAUCGCUGCCAUUCAAGGACAUGUAGACGUAAUGAAAGAGAUUGUUUCUGGAUGUCCAGCUUGUUGUGAGCUAGUUGAUAACAGAGGUUGGAAUGCCCUUCACUAUGCUGUGGCAACGAAAGAUAGAGAAGUAUUCAAGGAAUGUAUGGAGAUUCCUGAACUUGCAAGACUUAAAACGAAGAAGGAUGACAAAGGAAACACGCCCUUCCAUCUAAUUGCAGCUUUAGCGCACGAGAAGAAGCAAUGGAGACGUGUUUUAUAUAAAUAUUAUUAUAAUAAAAGGGAGGUAUGUGGUCUUAAUAAGCGAAAGCUAAGCGUCAACGACAUUUAUGAAGGAAAGUUUGGAGAGAUACAGAAAGAGAUCCUAGAAUCCCUUGAAGAUGUUGGCAGUGGACCGCUUGGCAGCCGCAAGGUUUUGAAAGGACAGAAUGAGGGGGAAAAAGAAGCUUUGAGUAGAGCAAGAGAGUCUCAUCUAGUAGUUGGGGCGCUGAUAGCAACGGUAACAUUUGCAGCAGCAUUCACCCUCCCUGGCGGUUACAAGAGCGACCAAGGCACUGCGAUUCUAGCUAAAAAAGCUGCUUUUAUAGUAUUUAUCAUCUCAGAUGCAAUGUCAAUGGUGCUCUCCAUUUUAGCUGUCUUUGUCCACUUUUUGAUUUCGCUGAUUCAUGGUUUUGAAAUGGUCAAGGAUAAAGUGAUAGAUGAGGAUACCACUGAGAUACUAUUUGUGGUUGCCACGUUGUUUACCAUGAUUGGCAUGGGUACAAUGAUUAUCGCAUUCGUCACGGGCACAUACACGGUUCUAGAACCUUCCUCGGAGCUUGCCAUCAGCACUUGUCUCAUUGGCCUGAGCUUCUUCGUGCUUGGGAAUUUGGUGUUUGCGUUCAUUUACAAGGAUUCACUAGGGAAACAAGCAAUCCUAAAUUUUCUAUCAGAUAAACUCCGAUUUAUUUUUUAAAAUUCUUAUUAUGUU